CCAUACCACACGUGCGUACGUACGUCCACACCACGCCCAACACCGACGACGUCGAUCGAGCUCCAAUCCAUCCACCCCCACCCAUGGCCGCGCGCUUCUCUUAGCUGGAGUAAUUAAAUUAAGUCGAUCUCCCCAGCGCGCCCCCAUGCACCAAUGGCCGCUCCCACGCGCCGCCUCCUCCUCCUCAACCACGAACCCACCACCACCCCCGCUUCGUCUUCUUCGAGUUCGAGGCAAUCCUUCCCCACGCUGCUCCCCGUUUUUAUCCUCUUCGUCCUCCUCCUCUGCUUCCUCUCCAUCUUCCUCGUCCGCGACCUCCUCCACUUCCUCUCCCUCUGCCUCCGCCGCCGCCGCCUCCUCCUUCGCCACGGGGAGGAUCAUGACUCCUCCUCCGUCUCCAUGCAGUCCUCAGCCUCGCCGAUUAAUGCCCAGGCGCCGCGCAAGCCGCCGGGCUUGGACCCCGCCAUCCUCGCGUCCUUCCCCACGCUGCGCUUCAAGGCCUCCGCCGCCGCGCCGGAGUGCGCCGUGUGCCUCUCCGACUUCGCCGCCGGCGACGCCCUCCGCCUGCUCACCGUCUGCCGCCACGCCUUCCACACGCCCUGCAUUGACUCCUGGCUCCGCGCCCACACCACGUGCCCCGUCUGCCGCUCCGACCUCGACGCCGCGCCCGCGCCGGCGCCUCGCCACGAGGACCCCGCCGCCGUUGCCGUCGACGUGGAAUGCGACCGGAGGGGCGGCGCCGGCUGACCGGUGAACGACCGCCGCCGUGCUGGAUGACAUGCAGGAUUUCCUUUAAUUUUGUUCGCGCCAAAAUUGAUUUUGAUUUGUUUUGUUUUGUUUGUGGCUGCCUGCAUUACCGUGUAAAUACUCAACGACUUGUAUCGUCCUUGUGCAUUGUACUGUCAGUAUUUCCAAAUUGUUGGAAAUGAUAAUGUAGAGUAUUCCAGGUAGAAUUAUGAGCUAGUCACCACAGCUUCAGCUAGCUGUUUAAUUCAAUUGCAAGUCUGCAAUACCUGUCAAGAAAAUAAAUCAACUGUAUCAAUGUAUCAGUUGGAAGCUUUUGCAAUGUUAUUUUUAGCCACAGAAA